AUGUCUGCACCUUUGGACUCAAUAAGUAUAACAAGGGAUGGUGCUUAUGCUCCAGCAAUAGCUACAAUGUGUUCACUGGUAAUUUUCUUGUGGGUUUUGCAUAGAUUUAGCGUGCAAACGAAGAAUACAUUGGGAUUGAGAUUGCCCCCGGGACCGUUUGCAUGGCCCAUUAUUGGAAAUCUGAACCAACUAAGGAAGCUUCCUUAUCGUGAUCUUCAUGAACUUGGUAAGAAAUAUGGGCCCAUUAUGAAGUUGAAAUUGGGAUUUUUUCUUACUGUUGUGGUUUCUUCUUCUGCCAUGGCAAAAGAGUUCUUGAAAACCCACGAUUUAGUCUUUGCAAGCCGACCUCUUUGUGCUGCGGGGAAAUACCUUGCUUAUAAUUACAAGGAUAUUGCAUUGGCUCCUUACGGGCCUUACUGGAGGCACAUGAGGAAGCUGUGCGUGGCGGAAUUGCUGAAUGCUAAAAGGAUCGAGUCUUUCAGUUGUGUACGAGAGGAAGAAAUGCUUCUCACUGUUCGUUCAGUGUGGGAGAUUUCUAGGCAGGGUGAGAAACUUGUAAAUCUCACCAACUUGUUUUCAUCGUUUGCGCAGGAAGUGAUGUGGCGGAUGCUUUCUGGUACUAAACUUUCUUCUCGGAGUGAAUCUCAAAUGGGUGCUAAUGGCGAAGCGAUAAAGAAGAUGGCAUCAGAGGUGACAGCUACGGUAGGAGCUGUCAAUAUCGGGGAUUUCAUUCCUUACUUAGACUGGAUGGACUUGCAAGGCGUGAAACGGCGGCUGAAAAAGGUACACAAUUCGAUCGCCCUAGUGAUAAAGAAAAUAAUAGAGGAACACCAGCAGCGUAGGAUAAAGUUGCACAAGGACAAGGAGAAGGGGAAGGAGAAGGUUGCAGCUGAAGGCCUCAUUGACGUGCUCUUAGAAAUGGACAGCCUCGAUGGAAGGGCAAUCACAAGGGAAAACAUUGAAGCCAUUGUUUUUGAUAUGUUCUUGGGUGGAGUUGAAACGACGUCUACUACGUUAGAAUGGGCAAUGAGUGAGAUUCUUAGAAACCCUAGCGUGGCCAAGAAAAUGCAAGAGGAAAUAGAAUCAGUGGUCAGCAGAGAGAGGGAUGUAAGUGAGCGUGACAUAGGAAGCAUGGAGUACGUGCAGUGUGUGGUCAAGGAGACGCUGAGGUUAUAUCCGGCGUUACCCUUGCUUCUUCCGCACGAAUCCACACAAGAUUGUGCAGUUGGGGGAUACUUCAUUCCUCAGAGAACCAGGCUCAUCGUCAAUGCUUGGGAUAUCGGAAGAGACCCAUCCUUGUGGGAAGAUCCUCUGGAAUUCAAGCCAGAGAGAUUUAUGGGUAAAAAUGUUGAUGUUGUGAGAGACAAAGAGUAUUUUGAUAUGUUGCCAUUUGGAACAGGAAGGAGAGGAUGUCCAGGGGCAGCCAUGGCUGAUGUAACCGUGAAUCUUGUAUUGGCUAAGCUGAUUCAUUGCUUUGAGUGGAGCGUGGAAGGAGAUCUGGAUAUGACGGAAGUCUUUGAAGCCAGCACGCCCAGGAGUGUUCACCUUCUGGCUCGUCCAUCCUUAAGGCUAUCUACCUGCCCUUGA